AGUCAAAAGCCUGUGGCCAUGCUAACCGGGCUGUUAACUUCAGCUUGGUGAGGAAGGCAUUAAAACAGGGACAGCCCAUCGGGGACUGCACCCAGUGUCGCAAGGGUCACUGCUCUGAUCUUAAGGAUGAAGCUGAGAAGGAUACUGAGAAUACCUAUGUUCCUGUGAUCUGGCUGUGCUUGUUCUGUGGCCACCAAGGCUGUGACCGCAACACCCGAGAACAGCAUUCUUUUCUUCACUAUCGCACUCCGCGUUCAGAUCCUCAUUGUCUUAUCCUAAAUACUCAGGCAUGGAAUGUGUGGUGUUAUGAUUGUGACUCAGAGGUACACCAGACUAGUUCCAAGAAACUUCAUGAAAUUGUAGAAUAUAUUAAACGACAAAAAGACAUGGCACCACACCGGGCAGUUAUGUCACAACCUGUCACAAAUAAACCUUCAUAUAUCUCCGGGACUGAAUCUGGAACGGUGACUGUAACCAAAGGAACUAUUUCUUCUUUCGAUGACAACUCUAAAGCCGCAAAAAAAUCAGCGAAAUGCGCAAGCGAGUGUUCUUGCAUCACUGCCGAAAGUGAAGGGUCUUAGCAAUCUAGGCAACACCUGUUUCUUCAACUCAGUAAUGCAGUGCUUGGCACAGACACACUUCCUGACACAGCUUCUAGAUGUACAAUGCCAGAGUGGUCAAAGAGUGUACUUACCUGGACAGGCAAAGUCAUCUCUUGAUGAUCCUAAAAAGUCACAAAUCACAGAGAAUGGCAGAAUUCAGCAGAAGAAAAAAGAAAAAAUUCCUCUGAAUGAAAAUGAAGAGGAUGUGGAACUGAAACCUCUUGACUUGAUUCUUCCUGAGGGUGGAGGGCUGACUUUGGCAACUGCUGCUUUCCUGAAAGAUAUGCAUUCUGUUGGCAAGAAUGGUGUUCUGAAUCCAGGACAUCUGUUUGG